UCUCUGAACGGUUCACUGCGUCGUGUCUGCGCCGGAACAGAAACGCGUUGAGAAAUUACAAAAAAGAAGUUAGAUUCGAUCGCCCUGAAAGUGUGCUUUUGAGUGGGCAAUAUGGAACGACCGGCCCUGCAGCAAAGUGGAGAGAUCGGCACCAUGGAGUCGCCCACUACCAGGUUGGCCAGCAAGCCAUUUCCCAAGCCCUUCUCGAUCGAGAGUCUGAUCGCCAACCAAACGCCUGCCACUGCCACACCGCCAUCGCCGCCCGAUGAGCGGGAUCAGGAGCAGGAGGCGGAGCAGGAGCAGGAGCUGAGUGCCCGGGCCAUGGUGGCCAGUUCGGCCCUGGGACUCACCCAGUUUCCGCUUUAUAAUCCCUGGCUGCACGGCUACUUCGCCCAGAACCACGAGAGAUUAACGCAUUUAAUUGCCGGCGGAUGCUACCUGCCCUCCAGUCCAGCUGGUCAUCCUGCUGCGCAGCAACCACAGGCACAGCCACAACCACCUCCACCACAUCCACCAACACACGCCUUGGAGAAACAGCUUCCACCCACCUUGCCGCAUCCGCUGGAUACGCGUUUCCUGCCCUUCAAUCCCGCCGCCGCCGGAGUUGCGCCCACGGAUCUCAGCUACCGGCGUUUGGCCGAGCUCAUGAACCAGGACUACGUGCACAGUCUGAGUGUCCACGCCCGACUCCAGCACAUGGCCGCCGCCGGCAGGAUGCACGAGGAUCAAGCGAAUCCCGGCAUGGCGCAGCUCCAGGAGGCGACGCCUCCGCAGGCCCACUCCUCGCCAGCCAAGUCCGGCAGCCACAGUCCUAUGGAACCGGCCCUGGAUGUGGGCAUGGACGAGGACUUCGAGUGCAGCGGCGACUCCUGCAGUGACAUCAGCCUGACCAUGUCGCCCAGGAACUACAACGGCGAGAUGGACAAGAGCCGCAAUGGAGCCUAUACCAAUUCGGAUAGCGAGGAUUGCAGCGAUGAUGAAGGCGCUCAGUCCCGGCACGAAAGUGGCGGAAUGGGCGGCAAGGACUCGCAGGGGAAUGGCUCCAGCUCGAACUCCAAGUCCCGUCGCCGGCGCACAGCCUUCACUUCGGAGCAGCUGCUGGAACUCGAGCGAGAGUUUCACGCCAAGAAGUAUCUCAGUCUCACGGAGCGCAGUCAAAUAGCCACCAGUCUAAAGUUAAGCGAAGUUCAGGUUAAAAUAUGGUUCCAAAAUCGACGCGCCAAGUGGAAAAGGGUUAAGGCUGGACUCACAUCGCACGGACUGGGUCGCAACGGGACCACCAGUGGCACCAAGAUCGUGGUGCCCAUUCCUGUGCACGUGAACCGCUUCGCCGUGCGGUCGCAGCACCAGCAGCUGGAGAAGAUGUGCCUCAGCGGACCGAAGCCGGAUCUGCGCAAGAAGCUCUCGGCGGAGGCGAUAGGAGGCUUCGAGAAGUUCAGCGGUUCCACCAACGCCUCAUCAGCAUCAGGAGGACCAGUGGGAUUGGGCGUGGGUGUGGGAGUCGGCCUGGGGGUAUCCGCGCCCCUCUCCCUCGCCAGAAGCAUCUAUUGAUGGAGUUGGGCUCCUGAAGCGUGCGUGUGUACAUACCUGUGGAGGCAGUUCGUCUGCGA